AUGUCCUCAUCUGGAAAACCAAUGUCAAUAUCUUCUAUUAUCGCUACUCCCCCUCCUUUAUUCUCAUCAUCUCAUAAAUUAUAUCACAAGGAAGUAUUAGAACGUAGAGCUUCUGCUCCAAUUCAUCCUUAUAAUUAUUCACUAAGAAAUCAAAAUCCUUUGUUUCGUUCGCCACCUACUACGCCUGAAACUAAAUUGUGGGAGUUGUCUAGACCAACGUCUCCAUCAUCUUCUAUAUCCUCAUCAUCACCCAAGAGAUCUUCUUAUUUGCAUCAACAUCAAGACUAUUUCUUGCAAAAAUAUCAAUCAGAGAUACAUCAUGCUCAUUUAAUAAUGAAUAGAGAUGAUGAAGAUGAAGUGAUGGAAAGUCAAGAGGGUGAGCAUCCUCCUUUAACACUACAGGAGCGUCGAUUAAGGAACAAAGCAGCUUCAGCUAAAUACCGUCAAAAGAAGAAUCAACAACAAAAUGAAAUGAGAUUAAUGAUCAAUAGAUUAUCUGAACAAAAUGCUGUUUUAGAACGUCAAUUACAAGAAGUACGUCUUGAAAAUGAAAGAUUAAAGGCAACUACAGAUAGGCUUAGAGGGAAAAUAGUAGCGAAAAAAAUGUUUAAAAAAUGGAUUGGAAGACGGUCAGUAGUAGAUAAUAACACAUCAUAUACUUCACCUAAUAAUGAUAAUGAUAAUGAUAAUCAGCAGCAACUAAGUUACCCUACUAUUGUGUCUAACACUACUCAUGCAAAGCAUCAUCACUGCACAUAUCUUAACCUAUCUUCGACAAAUUGCAUAAAAAAUCAUAAUAGUCAUGAAUACAGUUCAUCAUCUAUGAGCAGUGAUAGUGAUAAUGAUGGCCAUAUUAGUGCAAUUAUCGCUACUCUUUCUAGCGACCAAGAUGAAAAUGACGAGUUAGAAAGUUUAAGUUAA